AUGCUGGAGUGUUCUCAUUCAUAUUGCCUGAAAUGCCUUCAACAACUUGCACAGACUAACCCAACUAGUCAAACACUGGUAUGCCCAGUGUGUCGUAGUGAAACAUUACUGGUUGAAAAAGGAGUUUUUGAGUUACGUAAUGAUUUCAAAUCGACUCUUAUGUUAGAUGAAAUAGAACAGCAUGAAACAGAGCUACGCAACCAACAAGAAAAUCAACCACCUAAUCAGGAGUAUGUUUCUAAAUGUAGCAAGCAUACUGACAAGGAUGUUAUCAUGUACUGUGACUUAUGCAAACAGUUGAUAUGUACAACUUGCAUUGCAAAGGACCACAGCAUGCACCCUGCAACUGAACUAAGUGAGGUUUUAGACAACUGCAUGAAGAAAGCCAAUGAAAUCCUUGCAGAAGUAGGACAACAUUACAACAAUUUUAAGAUUGCCAUGAAAGACAUAGACUUGUUUCACAAGACGUUGGAUUCUAUGUUUGCUGCAACCAAAGCAAAGAUCUCCAAGAAGGCAGAUGAUGAGAUUGCCAAGGAGGUUGCAAGGAUCAGAGAGGAAGAGAACAAACUCAUGUUGGAGUUAGUCCAGACGUUUAAAGACAAAGCCACAAAGGGAGAAACUGCAAAAGCCACAAAUGACAAAGAAAUGACAAAAGCACAGAAUAUGAAAGUUGUAGUUACGCAACUCAUGGACAAAGCGAACUUUUCUGAGAAUCUACUUCUCAUAGAGAAUAUGUUACAAGACCUCAAAGAAUACACGAAGACACAACCUAAACAAGUGGCUCAGGAACAGGCUUACAUUGACUUCGAAGAUGAUCAGGAAUCAUUCGGGAGACUGAGAAUCAACGCAAAGCAGAAGCCAGAAGGAGCAGCUUCUGCUGAAGCUAGAAUGCCUAUAUGCAAACCCAAGACAAAACUGACACAAAAACUAUGGACUCUAAAAGCAGAAAUAAUAACAUACAGGCCUAAGAGCAGUAAAAAACAACAAACCUUCCGUGCAUUAAGUGUUGCUUCCUACUCAAAUAGCGACAUUGUCUGUGACAUCAAGAGCAACACCUUGAUCAAAAUAUCAGCAGACAGCAUUGGCAAAUCAAAGGUCAUCCCAAAAGAGCUGUCUAUUAAAGGUCUCACUGAUCCAAUCAGAGUGGCUGUGAACAAGAAUGAUGAGCUCAUCGUUGUAGAUGACACUGCAGUUAAGAUCUUCAAUAGAAAAUAUAAGCGUCUCCAUCAGUUCGCGCUGUUAGUUGGACAGCCAUUCGACCUACCACCAUCUAUAGCUGUGGAUGACAACAAUCUGAUAGCAGUGGGGUAUCACCAGAUACAGAUCGAUCUACACAGACAAGAUGGAUCUUUCUUUAGAACACUGCUUGCUCCAGGGAUUGGUCAAUACUUGACUAUCCACGAGCAGCAUCUUAUCUACAUCAAGACACGUGCCAAGAAGAAGUUAAUAUCAACGACCUACGAUGGUAGCGUUGUAUUCUCGAUAGAUUUAAAUCAGUCUUGGUGGUAUCGUGGGUUGUGCUGUGACAAGGAUGGCAGCAUCUAUGUUGCUGUGUGGGAUCGCGCAUCACCAUCAGGUGACAUCCAUCAUUACAGUCCUGAUGGCGAAUACAUUGGAUGCAUUAUUAAGGGCACCCCUUAUCCACAUGGUAUAACAUUCACACCAGCUGGUGAUCUGGUUGUGGCUACACAAGAAUCAGUUCAAAUCUACUGUCAUGACUAA